AUGAACUUUCAGAAAGACACGAAAAAUCCAAGCACAGGAAAAUACGAUCACGCCAAAAAGGAAAACAAAAAUAACAACCAGGAAAGUUACUCCGCCAAUUUGAUCAGCACAGAUGAUAAGGUGAAUAUGCUUAAAAACAACCAUGACACAAGUGGGAGCUCUCAAAAAAUUGUCGAUGAAAAUCUCAAAGUCAACAUUAAUCAAAGUGUAUUAAAAGAAGGCACAACAACGGCAUCUUUUAAAACUGAUAGUGACACGACAGACGAUGGGAGGAAGAAAGGCAAUGAGGAAGUGCAUUAUAAAGGCAGUACCGGUGCCGCAGAGGGUACCCCUGUAAGGACCACCACGGAAUGUGUAGCGCAUAAUAACAGCAACAGUACCAUGUGUAGCAAUAACAAUGUCAAUGUUAAGAAGGUGCCUUCUAGCCAAGAGGAAAACGAGAAAUCGGAAGCGAGUCCUCCAGCUUACGAAAGGAAGAGUGUGAACAAAGACCCCCCUGCGAUUAAAAGAAGAAGUUCCGCAUCCAAAGGGGACAAUGACGACAAGAAAACAGUGGAAACUUCCGUGGAUGCGCCCCCUUUUAAUACCCCCCAAAAGGGUAGCAAUAAUGACGCGGAAGAGGCCCAGUAUGCCAAAAUGCAGAGCCGCGUCAGCAUCAAACAGAAUAAUGAAAAGGAUGAGAGGAACAAGAAGGAAAAUGCAACAAUGGGGGAAGGAACAAAAUCCAGAGAAACCAUUCAUGGCGCCAACAUAAGGGAGAGCAAAAAUACCACUAUGAAUAAAAAUAAAGGUGUAGUGACGGAUGAUUUAGACGUGAUAACCGAGAAGGAAGGAAAGACUGAACGGGGCCCGAAAGAUGAUCACUCGAAUGAUCAUAUAAACUCCAGUGUCAACGGAACAGCGAGCGGGAGAACCAAGAAGACGUGUCCCUUUAAUCGAAGAGAGUAUCAAAAGGAUAAAGAAAACAGUAAUGAGGAGACAAGCAGCAAUAACGUGACGAGCCAGAAAAAUGGAAAUUACAAAAAGUUCCCCGCGUUCAAUAACGCCAAAAACGGAGCAUCCUUUAAGGAGGUAAGAAGGAACAACCCCAACAUUGGGAGCUCCAACAGAAAGAGUGAGAAGUACAAAUCUUUUGGCCACAGUAAGAAAGACGAAUUUUGGAAGAGCUAUAGAGGCAGAAAUGAGGAUUAUAACACCACAAGUGGGGACUACUUCAGACGCGGGGAGAAUUACAAAAAUGAAGAGAGUUACGCUUCUGGGGGAAAUUCCCCCAACAGCAGCAACAAUAGUUACGGUGGAAAUAAUGAGCAACAUAGGGCAAAUGAAAGGGGCUUCAAAAAUGACAACCCGCACACGUAUAGAAACGCAAUUAAUAACGGGGGAUACAAAAAUGUUGGUGGAAAUGUUGGUGGCACAGCCCAAAUGGAGAACUCCACAAAAAUGAACGAUAAUUUCCACAACGCAGACAAUUAUAAAAUGAGUAACUACAGGAAUCACUAUCGUAACGGCUAUAAUGAAGAUCCCAGGGGAAGCGCCAAUAGGUAUGGGGAGAAAAGCGGCAGCCACGAGUCCGGCCUAUCCACGGGCGUGAAGCAGAAGGAUACGCAAUUUCACGCGGUGGAAAAAUACGCCAAGAAAUACGACUCGAAUUAUUUUGAAAGGAAUGACAGCGCAAAUGUUGCUAAGGAUAGCGGUAGUGCUAGCAAAAAAAAGGUGAAUUCGUUUAGCAAGCAAAUUCAAAGUACUAAUUAUAGCAAACACUUACCCAUUAGUGGCUAUACAAAAGGGAAAGAGACCAACGGGUAUGAAGAGAAUGAUUCCAUUGAAAUCUUUACGGAAGGAGACGCCAGUAGAAAUAGUACCGAGUUUUUGGACAAACAGAUCAUACACGGGGCCAACCAUACUUCGUCAUCUGGUACGUACCACAAUAGUGGUGAAAAGACACAUAAUAAUAUACCCCGUGCUGGUAAGAAAAAUAGCACUGCCAUGGGUAGUCCUUCACACCACGACAAUAUUGAACAGGUUAAGAAAGCCUAUGCUAAGCUCACACAUAUCAGUCAUGGCAAGGACAACAAAAAAGAAAGCAUCACCGUUGAUGAUAAUUCUGAUCAUAUGAAAAGCGAAAAUAAAUGCAGUUUUAUCCCCAAACCGGAUAUCAGCGACAGUGAUCGAAGGAAGAUUAAUAACAGUGGCGAAAAAGACGUAAUGAAGCAGAUAAAGAGAAAGGAAUACAAGAAGGGAGAUUAUCGAACACUGGAAGGAGAUGGAAGCGGUGCACAUGUAAAAAAAACUGAACAACGUGCUACGCAUUUUACUGCCCAUCUGGGAGAUUCCACAAAAAGUCAUGUACCCACAAACGGGCAUGAAUAUCACCACGCAGGAGCGAAUGGGGAUGAGGAGGAUCACGCAAACUCAGUACAAAGUGAGGAAGAUAAGAACCCCCAAAAUGGCGGAAAGCAAUACCAUGCUAAUGGUCCAGAAAAUAAAAGGAAAAUGUUUGCCCCAAAAAGAGAUCAAAGGAGUAUCAACCCGGACGAAGGAACCUUCUCUUUCGAUUUUAAAGAGUUCGAAUGUUGGAUGAGAGGCAGAUAUAAUAAGCUGUUAGAAAUAUACAUCGAUCAGGAGAACAGGAAAAAAAACAACAGUGAAAUAUUUGAGGAGGAAAUAAAACUAUACGAAUUCUGUUCAGCUUACACCAACAGUGGUCUGGAAAAGGACAGCCAUGAGAAUCUCUCCCAAAUGACAGAGACGUUAGGAAGCCUAGGAAUCAUUGAGGAGGAUGCUGCAAGAAGUAAGGACAACACGGAUGUUCAAACGAAUUCAGAAAUGGCAAAUGAAAGGGAACUGGUGAUCGAACGUAGGGGCGGGUUGUCCACUGGGGGAAAUAAAGGCGGACAUGUAAACAACGCUGCGGGCGAUAGUUAUAACUCUGCAAGGAGUAAUUACUUCUCGGUUUCAAAAAAUCACAUGCAUGUAUUAAAUAGUAACGGCGCCCAUCAGGGCGAAAACAAGUACUACCAAAGAAAUAAUAAUUAUCGCCCAAAUCAUCAGAAAAGGCCUUUGCAGUUGUUCCACAAGAAUGGUCCACAGAAUAACAGGGCACCCUUUUUCAGCUUUUCUUCGGGUAAAAAGUGGGACAACUCGGGUAGAACAGGAGGAGAGGAAGUGGUCGAAAAUGCCAUCGAGGACGCAAAGUUGGAAGGGAAGCCGGAAGAAAAUACAGAUACAAAUGGCGAUAUGAACACCGAAAAUAACGCCCAAAAUAACACCAACAAUAACGCCGACAAUGACUCUAAUGCAAACGCUACCUCCUUGGUGAAAAAAUACAGCGCACAUAAUAGGAACAACCAGGCCGAGGAAAAAACCAGCGACGGCAACUUUAACAGAAAGACCUACUACGAAAAAAGACCAGCGGGAAAACCGUUCGGCAGUACCAACAUAACCACUAAGAAGCCCAGUAGCAACAAUGGGUUUUACAAAAAUAAAUAUCACACUGUAGACCAAAAGAAUGACUGCAUGAGAAGUGAAAUGAACAAUGGGACAUUUUACAAGUCGAAUAGGCAACCAAUGGGGCAACAUAAUAAUAAGAGGAACAACUGGAGCACGAAAUUGGUAAACAAUCGGUUUGGAAAUCGGUACGAAGAACCCUUCGGUGAGCCCUUUGGUGAACGACCGAACGAACGGUUUAGUAAGCAAAACAAUUCAAAGGACAUGGAUCAUACCAAUGCCAUGUUUUAUGCCUCCAAAAAGAGGAUAGACAAUUAUGUGUUGCCACCAAAUGAAAUGGGUACCGCCGCUGCGCAUAAUUCAAAUCUAGCUGGGAAUAGUAAGAAAUCGAACUCAACAUAUUUAACGGCAAAAAGUGAAGGUGCCAAGAAUAGGAAAUAUGAGUGA